CUGUUGUUUGAUCUCUUUAUCAAACUGAAUUCUUCAACGUCGAAUAUUAAUGGUUGUCAUUCGCGUUUUUAUUAAUAUUAACAGAACACGAUAACUCAUCGUGCUGCUAAUUUUAGCGGAUCCUGUAUAUACACGAGAAUGGCAAUCAUCAAUCGUAAUUACUAACCGCAGCUGCGAAAUAACAAAGUAGAGAUCGUUGAUAAAUAUGCGAGAAUCGACAAAUAAUAACUUUGUCUCCCUUGAGCGCGCGUGGAAAAAAUAUAUGCUGACAAACGCAUAAUUUCGGGAUAAUCUCCACGCGAUAAUGGUAUGAAGAGAUUCCGCGGCAUGCUGCGCUUUGCGAUACGACAGACCCGACAGGACAGACGCACACAUGCACGUAUCACGCACAUGUUAUACACGUAUAUACCGGAUGACGAAUUGAAUCGUAUCAGGUCAUAUCGCGUCGGUGGUUUGUUUCCUCCGCGCUCUCGGCAUUUCCUCGCGAUAUGGAAAUAUCGGCGUAAUGGCCGUAUACAUCGUCACGUCACGAACAUCACGAGUCGAAUGGAGACGGCCUCGGUGCACGCUAUGCAAUACUUUCCAAUCAAUCUCCAGUCCUCUGAAUUGAAGAUACUACAUUAUAUAUACGCUUAUAUAUACAACUCUUAGCACUCAUACUUAGCUGACUAAAAAUGCGAGAAGCAUGAAAAGAUAUGCUCAGCGAAGAUUACCUACAUUAUUGUAAGUGACGAGUUCAAUAUAUGAGCUUAGAAAUGGCCUUGAAGAGUUUAUCGUAUUAUCAAGACAUCUUGUUGAUCAGAAGGCAGUAAUAAAGUAUCAUAUCAUGCAUUUAUACAAUUAAAAAUGAAUGCGAAGGAGACUGCAAUUUAUAUUCAAGCAUUUAUAGUGUUAUUGAGUUGAACCAAUUUAUAUUAUAUAUCAUGGUGCAGCAGCGGCUACCUAGUUUCGAUGUUGUUCACACAGGUGGUCGAAGUGGACGGCGAUUUAUAUUAACACUCGUUGCUGGAACGGUUUUCGGCUUUUUAUCAGCAUGUUUGCUCAUUACAUCUACGAGAGAUGUACCGCAUAUGUUUAAUUGGGUACCAGGUAGUUCUGGCCUUUCUAGAGAUCCUCAUCAUUAUUUAGAACUAGAAUCAGAGGUUGGCCCUGAAACAGAAGUGAAAUUUCAUGGUGAUGAUGAAGAUUUCCACAAAGGAGAAGAUAGAAUAGCUCAGGAUAUGGCGAGAAAAGUACGUGUCCUUUGCUGGAUUAUGACAGGUCCAAAGAACCAUCAGAGCAAGGCUCGUCACGUGAAAGCGACAUGGGGAAAACGUUGCAAUGUACUUCUUUUCAUGAGUUCUGCGGCAGAUGCCAGCUUACCCACUGUAGUGUUGCCAGUAAAGGAAGGUAGAGAUAAUCUAUGGGCUAAAACCAAAGAAGCGUUUAAAUACGCUUACGAGAAGUACAAAGAUAAAGUAGAUUGGUUCAUGAAAGCUGACGAUGAUACCUAUGUGGUGGUAGAAAAUUUACGAUAUAUGUUAUCGUCAUAUAAUCCAAAUUCAUCAUUGUACUUCGGAUGCAGAUUUAAACCUUUCGUAAAGCAAGGUUACAUGAGCGGUGGCGCAGGAUAUGUACUUAGUAAGGAAGGCUUACGCAAGUUCGUGGAAGAAGGUUUACCCGAUAAGACAAAAUGCCGGCCGGAUAAUGGCGGCGCCGAGGACGUGGAGAUGGGAAAAUGUCUCGAAAAAAUUGGUGUACGCGCGAUGGAUACCAGAGAUCCUCACGGGCGCGGUAGAUUCUUUCCGUUUGUGCCGGAACAUCACUUGAUCCCAAAUCAUGUAGAUAAAAAUUUCUGGUAUUGGAAGUAUAUCUAUUAUGAUACCAAGGAUGGAUUGAAUUGCUGUUCAGACAGUGCUGUUUCAUUCCAUUACGUGUCACCGAACAUGAUGUAUGUUCUGGAAUAUCUGAUUUACCAUUUGAGGCCAUAUGGUAUCAGUCACAGCCUGGAGAGAUCCUCUCCGGAUCGACCGUCGACGUUGAUCGAAUACUAGUCCGUACACUGUCGUAAAUAAAUCGUAAGAUUCUGUAAUUUUUAUUUUAUACAUGAUACUAGUCCAUUCGAGCCAACGAUAUAUAAAUGUAAUAUAUUCUCAGCGGAUGAAAAGUGUGAUAUAUCGUACUUCUUAAACACAUGAAGUCUUUAUACGUAUCUGUGUUAAAAAACACUGGCCAUAAUGGAUAUAGUUAUAGACUAGAAAAGAUAGGGAGAUAGUGCAAGCACAAUAGAUAUGCGUAGAGAUUCAGAAUUUUUUUUUAGAACGAAAUUACGACAGUUAAAUUUUAUAAGAUGCGAUGUGAUAAUAAUUUCUUAAGAAUUUAAACUGAAUAAAACGUAUGAUCCUUAGAAUAAAUGUCGUAUUUUAAUAUAUAUGUCGUCGAAGAAUAGUGCCGCGUAUUUUCCUUUCUUUUUAAAGGUAUUUAAAAGUAUCACGUUUUAUUUUCCUUUAAAAAAAAAAUACUUUUAUCUACCUAAUUAGCAAUGUAAAGAUAUACAGCACCAUUAGAUAUCGAGUAGAAAGAUAUUAGUACACAAGACUCGAAAUGAUAAGAGCAAUCACUUGACAAAUGAAAAAAAUUCAAUUGUUCAAUUGUUUUUUUUGCAUGUUCAUGGAAGCGGAAAACAUUUUUUCUACUGUGCUUGCGAGACAAUUUUUCGGGCGCUACAAAUACGAGAAAAAAAUCACAUAUGUAAUUAUAUAUAUAUACACAUAAAACUGUAUUUCGUAAUAUUAAUAUAAUAAUGAUAAUAAUAAUUUUAAUAAUAAUAAUAAUCCCAAUAAUGACGUACUACCCAGUAAUAAAUACUAUAGAUACAGAGUGAGUGUGGGUGUGAGUAAAUUAACCAAUUAAUUAGGGAGUUAGGGGUUCUAUGUACAAGUCAUAUUUGUACUAUGCGACUGACGCAAUUGGCCACCGUGGCUCCACUCAGACGCGCCCCACAAUUUCUCUCUUCGUGUCUUUUCUUCUUUUUUUGCAUUCAAAGUUAAAUUGGAGG